AUGUCAGAAAAAACAAUUAUGUCUAUGAAUAACCAAGCAAUUAAAAUCGAACCGCCUGCAUAUUCAGAAGAAAACAUUAAACGCGAAAUUGAGGAUGAAAUGGAUGAUUUUGAUGAUAUUGUUAAAUCUGAAUCGUGUUCUGAGGAUGAUGAAACAUGUUUAGAAAGGUUCACGAAUUCCGAAGUGACUGUAGAACAAGAAGUCGAACAAGAGUCAAUCGAGACAUUGCCCUUUGAAUGUGGCAUUUGUUUUCGAUCAUUUGCAGAAUCACAUCAUUUAAAAGAGCAUAUGGUCGAUCACAUGUCUAGUAAUAAAACAGAAAGCCCUUUCAAAUGCGAAAUCUGUCAUAAGACUUUCAACAAAUUGGUUUAUUUAAAAAAACACAUGCUCAUUCACAGUGGUAAGCGCUCCUUUGAAUGCGGUAUAUGCGAUAAGACAUUUACAGAACUAGGUAGUAUGAAACGUCACAUGCUCAUUCACAAUGGAGUACGCCUCCAUAAAUGCAGUAUAUGCAGUAUGACAUUCACACAAUUAAGUUGUCUCAAACGUCACCUGCUCAUUCACAAUGGAGUACGCCCUCAUAAAUGCAGUAUAUGCAGUAUGACAUUCACACAAGUAGGUAGUCUCAAACGUCACCUGCGCAUUCACAAUGGAGUACGCCCCCAUAAAUGCAAUGCUUGCAAUAAGACAUUCACACAAUCAAGUCAUCUGAAAGGCCACAUGCUCAUUCACAAUGGAGUACGCCCCCAUGAAUGCGGCAAUGCAUUUGUGGUGAAUGCAGCCCUGUCGGAUCUUCUAAUCAGCGGUCUUCUAGUGCCAUCAUCGGCAGUGGUCCUCCUGGCAGGAGCAGACGAUUCCAUAGCAUUAUGCAGAUUUCAGUGGUUUCUGGCUUCUACAAGUUUUUUGGUCACCGCAUUUACCAUGGCCCUCAUAGCAGGAGAAAACCUAUCCCGUGUUUAUCCUGAUCGACCAUCCAACAAAGUCUUCCUGACACCGGCAAGGUGUGCCUGCUCGAUAGCCCUGGUUUGGCUAGUUUGCGUCAUGGUGUGCUCGGUGCCUCAAAUCAUGAAGAAUCAGGAAGCUGAAGACCUUAUUAUAAUAAAAGGCAAAUCUCUCACUAGAGAAACCAUGAACGAUGGAUUUCCUGGCUUAGAUUAUUGUGCCAGGAGAUUUAGGAAACUGGGAAGACAGUUGGAUGAUACGGAUGAAACGCGGGCGGGGCCUAUAGCUUUAUUGGUAACAGUAUGCGUCCCAUGUAGUAUUGCACUUCUCCUGCACAUUUGGGCGCGCCAUAGAGUCUCCAAGGAACAGCAACGCGCCUGCUCUCGCAGUUCUGAGCACAAAAGUCCGGCUAUACCGCUCAACAACGAAUGUGGUAUCUGCAAAAAACGGCAUGAUCAACAUUUGCUUGCAAAAUGCGAUGUAUGUCAUCUCUACUAUCAUCUCGGUUGCUUGAAUCCUCCGUUGACUAGACUGCCUAAAAAGUCUAAAUUGUACGGUUGGCAAUGUUCAGAAUGUGAUAAAUCUUCUGAUUCGGAACCUGAUAUCACGCAGCCGAAAGCGCCCAGAAAAUCCAGGACGAGGUACAGCAAAGAUGGCACGAUAAUACCAGCCACUACUCUGGACCAAAUCGAUAAUAGCCUGCACACUGAAGACAAACAGUCUUCUGUGAAUAAUACUCACACGAUUUCGCCUGAAAUCAAUAAUGUUUUGACGACUGAAUCUGGUACUGCAGCAGGCAGUGGUUCUUUGAAAUUCACUAUUAAAUCUGUUGACAAAUUGGCUGUGGCAGGAGAUGCUAAUUACACUGCUGAAAUUAUGAACAUAUCACAAGAAUCAGAUCAAAAUGUGGAAUUUGUCAAAAAGGCGGCAAAAAGCAAAAGUAAUAAAAAAUCAAGAAAAGAGAAACGCAAUCAUUUGGUACAGGAAACUUAUUUUCUUCAGCAGCAGCAAUCUCUUUCUAAUACUACGGAGGAAAACAUCACAAAUCAGUUUGGAGACAGUUCAUUUUUGUCAGAGGGCUCGACAUUCAGACCUAGUAUUGAAGGCAAUGGUGAUCCACUAGACACAUCAAUGUUAACAGAUCCUUUAAGCAUCAGUCCAUCUACAGAUGUCCAUAAGCAGAAUAGGAAAAGACGUAAAGAAAAGCAUCGCAAUAGGUAUUCACCCGAUUUUAUGAGAUCACCAUCAAAGGAACACAAGCGCAAACGAAAGAAGAAGUCACAGGAUGACAUGGAGAAUCCUAACGAUAGUUCAGGAUCUGCUAAUAAACCCAGAAUCACCAUCAAGAUCAAAUCAAUUCCUCUGCCUGCUGGUGAAGUGGCUUCAACAUCAAAUCCUCAAAUGUUCUAUGUGCCAAGUGACAGCAAUGAUGCUCCUCCUCAACAGCUAUCGGUCAGUCAAAUAAGCAUCACAGGGCCCGAAGCUGGUGAAAAUAACAUGGAAACAAUUGUAAAUGAUCAAUCACAGCCGCCAGGUACCUUCUUGACUCCUCCUCCUGUAGUGGCUAGAAAAAUACCCAACAGAAGAUCUUCUACUAUGGGUUCGGCAACAUCAGGACAAAGGGCAAUUAGAACAACACCUCAGCAGGAUACUGGUACUCCAACAGGAGAUGAUAUGAUGUGUGAUGUUUGUUCUAAACCUGGAACCAGCCAGAAUACUGUCAGAUGUGAUGAAUGCCUGAAAUGUUAUCAUUUUACUUGUCUUGAUCCACCUGUUAAAAAGUCUCCAAAACGACGUGGCUAUUCAUGGCAUUGCGCUGAUUGUGAUCCUACGGAAACUGAUUCCACAUGAGGUACUUUGAUGAAAUGAAUUCGUAUGUAUAUGAAUGUAUACAAACAAAUAAUUUUGUAUAUGCCCAUAUAUAGUAAUUAGGUCUGAAAGAUAUAG